GCUCAGUUAUGGCAGCUUGCUCAAAGGACUACUGCCCUUCCCUUUGGCCGUGGUGCAUUUACACUUGCUACAACCUGCACUCUCUUGACGGAGGCGCUCACGGUUCCCAAGCUUGUCUUGGCAGGUCGGUUGCCAGCACAGCAAAAUGCAACGGUUAAUUUAGAUCCAAAUGUUCGGAAUGUUCAAGAACUCAAAUCUUGGCCGGAGUUUCACAAUGCAGUUGCUGCGGGACUAAGACUUGCUCCACCUCAGGGAAAAAUGUCAAGAACAUGGAUAUUGUAUAACAAACCUGAAGAGCCCAAUGUUGUUCAUGCUGGAUUAUUACUUGCUUUGGGAUUACAUGGACAUCUUCGCGUCUUAACUAUAACUGAUAUAUACCAAUAUUACUCUCAGGAACACGAAAGUACAACUGUUGGAUUGAUGCUUGGCCUUGCAGCAUCAUACAGGGGAACUAUGCAGCCAGCAAUCUCAAAGUCUCUCUAUGUUCAUAUACCAUCACGUCAUCCAUCUUCCUUUCCGGAAUUGGAAUUGCCAACCCUUUUGCAGGCAGCAGCUCUCCUUUCUGUUGGGCUUCUAUAUGAGGGAUCGGCACAUCCCCAAACAAUGCAAAUUCUUCUGGGUGAAAUAGGUCGUAGAAGUGGAGGAGAUAAUGUACUUGAAAGGGAGGGUUAUGCAGUUGCAGCAGGGUUUUCACUGGGAUUGGUCGCGUUGGGUCGUGGAGAAGAUGCUCUUGGUUUCGUGGAUGCUUUGGUUGAUCGGUUGUUCCAGUACAUUGGCUGCAAGGAGCCUCAAAAUGAGAGGUUCCAUCUUUUCGCACCAUCUAUUGAUGAACAUAAUCGGAGUGCAGGACAGAUAAUGGACAGCGCUGCAGUCAAUGUUGAUGUUACUGCACCUGGAGCCACCAUUGCCCUUGCUCUUAUGUUUUUGAAGACGGAGUCAGAGUUGGUCUAUUCUAGGUUGUCUGUCCCGCAGACACAUUUUGAUUUACACUAUGUUCGACCUGAUUUCAUAAUGCUCCGUGUCAUUGCCCGGAAUUUGAUAAUGUGGAGCAGAGUUCAUGCAUCUGAAGGAUGGAUUCAAUCUCAAAUUCCAGAAGUUAUUCAAAAUGGUGUUAAAGACCUUGGUGAUAGCAUGAGUGACACAGAUGAAAUAAAUGCUGAUCAUUUGUAUGCAUUUGUUCAGGCGUAUGUUCACAUAAUGGUUGGAGCCUGCAUUUCUCUUGGGUUAAGAUAUGCUGGUACUAGAGAUGGCAACUUACAAGAACUGCUCUACAAAUAUGCUCUAUACUUCCUUAACGAGAUUAAACCUGUAUCUGUCACAACUGGACGUGGAUUGCCAAAAGGACUGUCUAGAUAUAUUGAUCGUGGCUCAUUGGAGACAUGUCUUCACCUAAUUGUUCUCUCUCUUUGUGUGGUUAUGGCAGGGUCUGGACACCUACAAACAUUCAAAUUGUUGAAAUAUUUGCGUGGUCGAAAUUCUGCAGAUGGGCACUUGAGCUUCGGUAAUCAGAUGGCUGUAAGCUUAGCCACUGGUUUCUUGUUUCUUGGGGGUGGAAUGCAGACUUUUUCGACUAGCAAAAGUUCUAUUGCUGCUUUGCUAAUAACACUAUAUCCACGAUUGCCGACUGGACCUAAUGACAAUCGGUGCCACCUUCAGGCUUUUCGGCAUUUGUAUGUUCUUGCGACAGAAGCUCGUUGGGUUCAGACAGUUGAUGUGGACACUGGUUUACCUGUCUAUUGUCCUUUAGAAGUUACUGUUCGAGAGACAGAACACUAUGCAGAAACAAGUUUUUAUGAGGUCACCCCAUGUAUUCUUCCAGAACGUGCUGUUUUAAAGGCUGUUCGUGUCUGCGGUCCUCGAUACUGGCCUCAAGUCAUCAACCACAUUCCUGAGGAAAAACCAUGGAGCUCAGGGGACAAGAAUGAUGCGCUUAGUUCUGGUGUCCUCUAUGUCAAGAGAAAAGUCGGAGCAUGUUCCUAUGUGGAUGAUCCUGCGGGGUGUCAGUCACUGCUGUCACGAGCAAUGCACAAGGUGUUUGGUUUGACACGUUUAAGAGCUUCUGCCACCAGUAGAGAUUGUCGAGAUGGCGACAUGGUAGAUCAGUUGAUCAGUACUUUCUCGUCUAACCCAAGCUUAAUUUCGUUUGCCCAACUCUGCUGUGACCCUAACUGGAAUAGCAGAUCUGACAUUGACUUCCAGGAAUUUUGCUUACAAGUGUUAUUUGAGUGUGUAAGCAAGGACAGGGCAGCACUAUUACAGGUUUAUCUGUCAUUAUACACAACUAUUGGUUCCAUGGUCGAUCAGAUUACUAGUAGAUCCAGCAAUUUACAGGACGCACUGUUCAUCUCAAGUUUGAAGAUAGCACUGGCUUACAGUAAUGGUUUGCUAAGUAAAAGAUCAACAAGUUCAAAGGAAGGGAUAGUGCAAUCAAAUUUUCUUGGUUCAGUCCGGAAGCGGGUAGAUGAGAUUCUUAAUUCAUCUCUUGAAUUCCCAAAGGACUUCUCUACGUACAUGAAAUCUGGAAAAUGGCCAACUGAAGAUUAUGGGAGAAGGGUUUCAUCAACUCUUCUUUCUUGGUAUGUACAAUGGUACAAUGUGCCAUCACCAUUCGAAGUUAAAAGAGCUUUGGACAAAAUCAAGGCAAUUAACACAUCCUCUUCGGUCCCUCUUUUACAUUUGGUGUUCCCGACAACUGAUGUUACUGCCCUCAGUGAGAUCAACAGAGUAGGGUUUUGCUCCCGGUGAUGAGCUUAAGAUAUACUCGCUAAAUUUUAUUGUUGUUGUAACUUGUAAGUCUUAUCUAUUAUUUAUUAAUACGUAUAGGUAUAUGUUAAUAUUGAGAUAGGAGAGAAUGAUUAAGAUUAUUCUUGUAGAAUAUACUGAUGACUGUGUCAUAGUUUAUAGUCCCAAUAACUAGAAGAGUAUUCAUUUCCAUGUAGCUCAAAAGUCGUAUAUCAGCUCUCUUGAAGUAUAGAAGAAGGGUCAUACAGGUGAACUCAGCUGAAGUUUGAAGAAAAUCAAUUGCACCGUCACAAUCCAAUAGUCAAUCACAGCUUCAGUUUAAAAAUAUGACAAAGUCUACUUUGAAACCCGAGAACUGAGAUCGGAUGAAGCCAACAUCUUCCGGAGUUGCCGUCUCAGAUAGCACAUUUUCACCAGUGAAGAAAAAGAGAAUUGAAGAAUAAGAGCGAGAUCAGUAGUGAAGAAAUAUUACAUAGAAAAGAGUAAAAAAAGAAACUAGAUUCACCUUCUUCUAAUCCUUUUUAUUUUUUUGGGAAGUGAAUGAAUUUCUGAAGUUCUCGCUGUGCGUUUCACAAUGUAGUGAGGGUGUUCGUUCUUUUCCUUGCCGCCUGGUGUUGCUAAUCAUCUUCGAAAGUUAUUGAGAUAUAA